CAAUCAUACACUGUUGAAAUUUUAUGGGUUUUGGUUUUCUUGAAUUUUUAUGGGUAAUUUGUGUAUAUAUAACAUUUUUCUGUAUUAUGAAAAUUUUAUAGUUUGGUUUAGUUAUUCUUUUGUUUAAAUGUGGUUUUUGUAGUGUUGUUACUCCAAAUAUUAUGUGUAGUUUGUUGGUUGUUACUAAUCUAAGAUUUUGAGAAAAAAAUUGUGAGAAGAUUGGUCCCUUUACGAACCUCAAACUGUUUGGUUUUUGGAAGGGGGAAGGAAGCAAGGAGAGAUGAAACUGAAGUGAUCUACUUCUUCUUUGUGGGAAGCAUUACUAAUUUAUUUCCCAUUGCUAGUGAAGUUGUAGAAAGCAAUAUUGGUAUAUUUUCUCCUAAAUAGUCGGAUUGGAAUAGCGUUAUGAGAGAACAAAAUGUUAGUGAAAGCUCUAAUUAUGAUAUUAUUGAUGCUUGGUUGAAGAGUAGGAGAAACAAAUUUUACACUGAUUCUAUCGUUCUAUUGCAUUUAAUAUGUUUAACGUGGAGCUAGUUAUUCUUUGCCUUAAAUUUGAACACUAGAAAUAAUCAUGUUGAGAGUACCUUUGCGUAGAUGAUGCUUAAUAUAAAGCAAAAUUUGAAAUAUCUAGGUUAAAAUUCCAAUUGUAUGACUGUUAGAAACAUGGAAGUGUUGGUGGCAUUAUCGUCAAAGUUGCUUUUAUGUCUGAUUUCAGCUAUAACAUGGCUUACUAGAGUUCCUUUUGAUAUACAUUCGUUAAGGGGUCUUUAGAAUUACAGCUUGUCUUACCUAAUGCGUUAUGUAUGGUGUCUUGGGUUCAUGAGUUUCAAUUGGUAGCAGGGGAGGCUGUCUUGGAUAGAUAGACUAAACAUGCUAUGUGGUUCAUGGAUUUCUCCAAGAGACAUGAGGUCCCCUUUAGAAGGAAACUUUGUGAAGUUUCAAUUUAUGUGUAACAAUUCUUACCUCCACCAGUAACUACGUACUUCUCAUAGUGGCCAACUGUCUCUUUAUAGUUUCUCCCUUAGACAUUUUGCUAAUAAAAGGUUGUAAGAUCCAUCAUGAGCAAAAUUUGAUUUUGAGUAAGAGACUAGUAGUAACUUGCAACAACAACAUACCUAGUGGAAUCCCAUUGGGGAGGAUGGUGAGUGAAUGACUAGUAGCAACGUCCAUCAGGAAAAUAAGGGAGAAACUUAUAAGUCUAAAAUGUAGCAAAUAAUUGCCUCACAUUGAGGCUAAGUUGGGGGAGCUUCAGUCUGUCCUUGCUAUAAGGAAAGGGGGAGAGCCGGAGAGGCACGGCAAGUUAAAAGAACUGUAAAAUUCCAAUCGUCAGAAGCUUGAUGUAGAGAAUUUCUUAAAUUAACUCUCCAUCAUAUUCAGCUUUGUAAGAUUGUUGACUCAUCUAAAGUUGCAGUUAUGACUGUCCACAGUCUUAGUUAGUCGAGAGAGCAUCAGCUUCAUGUGACUGUAAAGUAUUGAAAUGAAGAUCACACUUCCACUGUUAUGAGUUUGAUAUGUUAAAAGUAGGGGAGUGUAGAUGGUGCUUUUUUACUAAUAUUUUCUACUGAAUAUGUCCAUUUGAAUGCAUAAAGUGUAUCUACAAGGAGAGAUAUGCAUAAUGCAUUACCAUGUUAGAGAUUAGAAUGGCCUUAGCAUGUAAUUCUUUUUUUCAUUUUGAAGUUUACUUGCAAUUAUCCUGGCAAAAGAAUCCAAAUUUGCAAGAAGAGAGGAACUCUCUAUAGACAUUCACUUCAAUUAUAAUUGGAACAAGUCUUUUCAAGUUUUAUUCCUAAAGAAAGCUAUGAUGUAUUGAUAAUGCAAAUCAAGCCCUGUAAGUCACACUGAUACUUCCCAUGAGACUGCCUUCCCCCCUCAAAAAAAAUGGGGGAAAAAAGAGAGAAGAGAAACGACUCAAAUACAUGUAGAACAUGAAGGAUAAAAGCAAACCAUUUCAGUUUCAAAUUAUGGAGUGCACUGCAAUUUUUCUGAUUACUUGUUUCAUGUGUAGGUUUACCCCUCCUAAGCGCUUCCAUUCAGCCAGCUGCAUGAGGUCUUCUAGAAAGACUUAUGAUCCACCUUUAUUAACUGGACCAUCCCCAACAUCGAAGUCCUGGAAACCUUAUAUAUUACCUGGAGCUGCUUUGGGAGUAUUUGGUGGACUGAUCCUUUUUCUUCAUUAUAAUGAUGAAAGGAGAGCAAUUCCAAAAGGUCAAGGCGAGAAAUUUGAAAGAAGUGCAAUCCAAGGUCCAAUUAUUGGCGGUCCGUUCAGCUUGUUUGAUACAGAAGGCCGUUUGGUUACCGAGCGCAACUUGCUGGGAAGCUGGGUUCUUCUCUACUUUGGUUAUACAUCAUCUCCUGAUGUUGGUCCAGCAGAAGUACAAAAGAUGGCUAAAACUAUUGAUAUUCUAGGGUCAAAACAGGAUCAUCAUAAGAUCCUCCCAGUAUUUGUCACAAUUGAUCCUCAACGUGAUACGCCUUCGCAACUUCGAGCUUAUCUUAAAGAGUUUGACCCAAGAAUAAUGGGAUUAACUGGACCAGUUGCUGCUGUUAGACAGAUGACACAGGAAUACCGAGUUUACUUUAAGAAGGUUGAUGAAGAAGGAGGUGAUUAUCUGGUAGAAUCUUCUCACAACAUGUAUUUGGUGAAUCCAAAUAUGCAAGUAGUUAGAUGCUUUGGUGUGGAAUACAGUGGGGAGGAACUGGCCGAUGCAAUAGUUAAGGAGCUAAAGAAAGUUGAGACAUAGCAAUACUCGAAGAGUAUUUGGUGAAGUGGAGCCAGACAUUCGAUUUUUGCCUGUUGUCAUGGCGAUUUAAGGACCUUUGCAGCAGCUGAGUUCGAUUAGGUGUGUUAGUCGUCUCUCAACAAUUUACUAGUUUUGAACAGAAAUUUCUCUGAUGCUUAGAUGGUCAGAGGUUAAAAACAAAAGAGAGAAGAAAACUAACAAUAUCUUCAGUUAAAGCAAAUUGGUUCUGAUACUUUUUUCUCGUCUGGUCGGUGGGUAAUGCAAAGUAGGUGGCUGUUUGGUUGCCUAGCAAAAGUUUCAUUCUAUAGUUAAUUAAUUGGAUAUCAGACUGAGUCAAGUUUGAAAACAUUAACUGAAGAAGGGUAACUUAUUGACUUUCAACCUCAUUGUUGACUAAAUAGCUAAUCACUUUUGUCUUGUGAGAAGUGAAAACAAGAAAAUGUAAUUUAGGCAAUGUUAAAAAACAUGCAGACUAUUUCAAAAAAGAGACUAAGGAGUUGAAUUUUGAGUUUCUAAA